GGUGCUGCUCUAGGAGCCCGGAGCAGAGCCAGGUGGAGCGUCCCAGCCGCUGGCCGUCAUGGCCGAGUCUCAGCUGGGCUGCCUGGACGAGGCGCACGUGAACGAGAAGGUGACGGAGGCGCAGGCCGCCUUCUACUACUGCGAGCGGCGGCGGACCGCCCUGGAGGCGCUGCUGGCCUCGGGGGACCCGGCCUACCACGAGUUGCUGGCCAAGGAGCGGCUGCGCAACUUUCUGUCCGAACCCGAGCGCCUGGCGCUCCGGGCCGACUGGCGCCCCUAUGAGGUGCAGGCCCCGGGCCCCGGCAAGGGCAAGGGCAGGAGCAAGGGCCCGCCUCCCGCCCCUGCCCCCGCCGAGCCCGCAGCCUCGCUGGCCUACUGGCCCGACCGUUCGGACACCGAGGUGCCCCCGCUCGACCUGGGCUGGACGGACAACGGCUACUAUCGGGGCGUCAAUCGCGUCACCCUGUUCACUCAUCCCCCCAAGGAGGAGAAGGCGCCCCACCUCAAGGAGGUGGUCAGGACGAUGAUCCAGCAGGCGCAGAAGGUCAUUGCGGUAGUCAUGGACCUUUUCACAGAUGGGGACAUCUUCCUGGACAUCGUCAAUGCCGCCUAUAAGAGACGAGUCCCUGUGUACAUAAUUCUGGAUGAGGCAGGCGUCAAGUUCUUUCUAGAGAUGUGCCGGACCCUGGAGCUCAAUGAUUUCCGAAUCCGGAACAUCCGAACUCGCUGUGUGACUGGGGUCGGGUUCUAUAUGCCCGCCGGCAAGGUCAGAGGGAGUCUGUCCUCCAGGUUCCUGAUGGUGGACGGUGACAAGGUAGCCACGGGGUCCUACAGCUUCACGUGGCGCUCCUCCCACGUGGACAGAAACCUCCUCCUGGUACUGACGGGGCAGCACGUGGAGCCCUUUGAUGUGGAAUUCCGGGAGCUCUACGCCAUCUCGGAAGAGGUCGACCUGUACCGAGAACUGGGCCUGACGGGCCUCAAAUACUCCUCCACGGUGGCGCGUAAACUGAUCAACCCCAAGUACGCGCUGGUGGCGGGCAGCCGCCAGCCCCCCGGGGAGAUGAUGCGCUGGGCGGCCCGCCAGAAGCAGGAGGCCGGGGCCGGGGGCAAGGAGGAGCCGGAGGAGGGAGGCGGGGAGGGCUCCGAGUCGGCCCGGCGCCUCGACAGCUUUCUCCACGACCUGCUCACGCUGGACCAGAUUCUGCCCGUGACGGACUUCCCCACCCCGGAGAAGGCGGGCUGGAAAGGCGACAGGUUAUAUUCCCCCAGACUGCCAGAACCGAAGCCCAAGGGCAAGGAACCGUCCAUCCGGGGCAGGAAGACUGAGACGAACGGCGCAGCCGGCGGCGGCAAGGAGGGCAGACGGUCGGGCGGCAGGUUCAGCUGGAGGCUCAAGCGUGCCCAGGCCGCCAACGGCAUGGUCAGUUCCCACUCCAGCGAGACCUUCUCCGAGGGGGAGUUUGUGGUGGUCCGGAGGCCGCCCCGGACCCGGGCGUCCACGGCCCCAGCAACGGCGUCCACAGCAACGGCAGCGUCUCAGGUAGAACAAGCCUCAGUCCUGCCAAGUCGAACAACUGUGUGAUUUCCUGAGCAUGGUGACCACAUUGGGCAGGACCCACAGACUGCUCAAGGCUUCUUAUGCUCCCUUAACCCCGAUGACUGUCUUGACAAGGGUCUCCUGGAUGGGACCCCUCGGGAGCCGGCCCAUUCACACUCCAGUCUGCAGCCUUCUGCCCUCUGGGCCUCUGCCUCGGUCAGCCUCCUGAAUGAUGGCCGGGGGUCCCGGACAAAGUUAGUGCUGGAUGAAAUCAGCUCCAUGUUUACAUUUAGUGGGAGUGGGAAGGGACACCCCUCCCUUUGUGCUCAAUUUGAUGGGAACCAAGGGAUCCUACUGACCUUGAUUAUUGUCUUCCUCCUCCCCCUUUUUUUCUUACUGCUGGUGAUUCUGGGCCCUUGGGGAAAGCUGGAAGGACAGAAGUAUCAGUGAAGAGAGAAGGCUGGUGGUUGGGGGAGUUGGGGGAUGAUACCUUCAAAUACUGGAAGGUUUAUUAGAGAAACGAUACUCUUUCUGAUGGACCCCAGGGGAGCAAUGGGUACAUGUGACAGAUGGGUAGAUUUAGGUUUGCCAUCUCAAAGAGGAUGAACUGCCUUUGGCGGGGGAGCGAGUGCCCCUUUCAUGGCGGUAUGAAGGGGGAAGCUAGAAAGGGAUGGCCAUUUGUUUGGGAUGCUAUGGAGGAGACUAGGUACCUCUGAGGGCUUUGCCACUCUGCACGGGGAGAAGUAGAUGUGGAGGAGAAAGGCACAUGUGUCUACUCCUUUGUCCUGAGAUAAGGAGAAAAUUUGGCUUUCUAUACCACCGAGAUAAUUUCCAAAAACCAGACGGGGAAACGGGUGGGCUCUGACCGGCUGCCAGGGAGGAUGGAUGUCGGUAGGCUUCCUAGAGAUUGGAGGCCCAGGGAGCUGCAGGAAUCCCCAGGGGCUCUGCCUAGAACCUGAGGCCCAGGCUGAAGUCUCAUACCUCCCCCAAAGCAUCUUCUCUUACUGCCUUUUUCACACGACAACUUCACAGAAACGAAUGGACUUUGGAACCCACCUAGCCGGUCCGACUUCCCCAUUGUACAGCUAAGAAAAGAGAUUCCUGUGGGGCUGGAGGCAGGGAGAGGGAGUGACUCAGUUCUACGUAGGUACUAAGCGAUUAUAGCUCACGUUUCUCUUUCAGGGAUUCUUAAUCUGGGGUCUUGGAACUCGUUUUUUAAAUAUUUUGAUCAUCCUGUUUCGGCAUAAUUUGUUCCCUUUGUUAUUCUGUGUAUUUAUUUUAAUGCGUUUAAAAACAUGAUUUAAAUCUCUGGGCAGACUGACGGCCCAGGGAGUCCAGAGAAGGUGGGGAACAUGGCCAGAGAAGAGCGUUGGGUCUGAGGGUCUAAGUUCAUGCAUUCAGUUUGUCUCGGUUUCUUCUCUAAAACACAGAGGUUGCUGGGGUCAAAGGGACUCCUGGCUCUCAGUGUGUGAUCUUACUAUGGGCAAUGCAAGUGUGUGCCCAUUUUACAGAUGAGCCCAACAUUUGACAGGCUUGAGAAUAGGGCGAUUUUUUGUUUACACUUUCUUCCCUGCCCUGCCAAGGGGAGACAUCUUGAGAGCUGGGGCCAUUUUGCUUUUGUAUUUAUAUCCCCAGCAAAUGCUGCGUCUUAUUAUAUAUUUGUUGAAUCAAUUUCUGGGAGUAAUUCUGGUUGGAGCAGAGAGCAGGCUGGGUUGGCCUAGGAGGCCGUGGGUACCCAGCAUCCCACCAGCUCCGAGUUCCGAUCCUGUCUCUGAAAUUCAGGCUAAGAUGGUUUUCCCCCAAAUAGGCUGGGCCAAUGGCCGUGCCGCCGGGCCGAGGCUACCAGCCUGGAGUGUGCCCACAGCUAGUGUCUGGGUGUGUGCCCAGGUUAAGGCGGAACAAGAAAGAACAAGGAGAUUGGGCUGCUGGACAGCGGAGGAACCGCAUUUCCACUCCAUCCCUAGAGAAAUGAGAGUUGCUGUCCCCUAUAAUUAAAACCCAGAGUCUGUAGCCACUCGACCCAUGGAGCAAAGGAACCGGAUGGUCUGUGACUUUCAAUGAGCAAACUUUGUUACUCCCCUCCCCCCCAUCUCUUAGGAUCCUCGAUUUCUUCAUCUGUAAAAUUAGAUAGUUUUCAGUUCUAACAGUCUCUAGAUUUAUCAAAGCACCAGAUUAUGGAAGUCGGGAAGAGGAGAACAGAGGUGAGAAUGGAUACCCCAGUGUGGGCUCAGUCAGAGGAGCUGUGUCUGAAUCCGGCCUUUGACGUUUCCUGUCCCAAGAUGGGCAUCUCAUUGCACCUUAAUUUCCUGAUGCAUAAGAUGAAGGCGUCCCCUAUAUGACAAGGAGAUGGAGCCCACCGAGCUCACCUCAGCUACAACCACAGCUAAAGCCAGCUACAGACUUUUUAGUCUUUUGGGGAAAUACAAGUGGAACCACCGUAGGGGAGGGUGUCAGUGGGGGAGGCGCCAUGUUGAAGUCGGAAGCCAGAUUCUCACUGGGCUGGCCCAGAUCCAGGCUCAUUUUGUCCGUGCCUUUGUUAAAAGGGAGAGCUUGAUGGGGGGUGGAGAGGAAGAAGGUCGUAAAAAACAGUGAGUUGGUGAGAGGAAGAAAGUGAAUCUGGAAAUGAUGCAAUGGCCCAGAAAAAUGGAUCUGUCCUGAGAGUCCCAAGCGUAAGAGCUAGGAAGCCCCGGGGUGGGGGCCGGUACCACCCUCCCUGGGCUUGAGUUGUCCCCUUUGGGUUAGACCAUGCAGGAAAGUCCUGGGGAUUAAAUGUUGAAUGUACAUGUCCUGAGGGGGCACAGGGGGAGGUUGGUCAGGCUGGUCAGAGGGAUGGAGACUACCUUCCGGGGAGGGCUGCACCCAGGAGCGGUGAUCUUGCCACGGCCCUGAUCCUUCAGUCAGAAGCUAUUCCCACUUGUUUGCUUGCAGAAAGGAAAAGGUAAUUGUUUCCAAGAGGGAAUGGUGCUGACCCCUCCUCUGAAAUUGGCUGGACACUAGCAGUCCUGAGAAGAGGUGGUCCAGGAGGAGGAAGGUCUGCGGGAGGAAAGAUGGGAAGUGAUGGAAGCGGGAAGAGGGGGUAUUCCCCCGGGAGGCAACCUGGAGAAGGUGGGGGGAGAGAAUGGAGUGAAGGCAAAGAGCUGGCCCGCCCCAUUAUGCUGUCCCUCCCCUACACACGCCCCUCGCUGUGUGCCACGUGUGUGCGUGCUUUCAUAUACACACAUUCAUUGCCAUGUAUACGGGACGCGUACAUAUAUAAUGUGUGUAUUAUAUACAAAUAUAUUCCGUAUACAUUCGUGUCUAGAUUUCUCUCCCUCCGGGCACAUAAUGUAGACUGGAAACUCGCCCCACAUAUGGAGACGAGUCAUCCCUGGCCAUUCACACUCCCCCAGGCUUCUGACAGGUUAAAGGCCCGGCCUGCAGCUUCAGUCUGAGGACUUGUGCCCGGGUCUUUCUGACUCUGGGGACAGCCUGCCCUCCCACUUAGGACACACUACCUCUCUUUCCUUGCACAUAUAAAUAAUCUUUGAAUUCAACUGUAAAUGAGUGUAAAGAUGGAGAACGAAGGUUAUACAAUAUUGUACAUACAUUGUUAUUGUAUAGGUGUUAUGAAAUUUGUGGGGUUUGGUCUAAUUUUUCUUUUUUAAAUCUUUUGUUAAAAGGGAAAGUUUGAUGGGGGUGGAGAGGGAGAAGGGGGAGAUGAAUGUGAAAUUAAAUAAUAAGCAACCAAAAGAUAAUAAAAAUGCAGUUUAAAAAAAGUAAUGUUAU